UUGCAGCUAAAGGAGGUGGCACGUAAAUUUAACAGCUUACCUGAAAGGCAAGCGAAGGUGAAUUAUUUACUUGCUUCUCAAGAGAAAGCAGAAGCAGCCAAGGUAAAGGUCAACUGAUAGCGGUAGAAAGUGAAGCACUGCAUUUUAAGGGAGUGGUUUAUAACUGUUAUACUACUACAUGAGAAAUUUCUGCAAUUUCAUUGGUUUUCAGCUUAAUUUGAAAUACCUACUUGUGAAAAUUAUAACCCUUGUGCGGGUAGUAGUAUAAACAAAUAAUAGCAUUAUUUGUACGUGAUAUUUCAAAAUUGUUUCAAAUUUCACAAAUAACCAUUUCAAAAUAUCACUUGUGGUAUUUAUGCCAAGUCUCACUAGAAAUCAUGCUAUUACCUAUAAAAAUUAAAAACAAAAUUACUUAAUACUAGAGGUUUGCCAGUAACUUGAACUUGGAGAGAAAUCAAGAAAAGAAAGCUUUGUCCUUGUGAGAGACUACAUAAAAUACUAACCACACCACAACACAUAUUUUGUAUGCUGUUUUGUAGAUGUAAGAAUAGUACUAAUAUUUAUCAUCAAAAAACAAAUUGUAUUUUUUUCUUUGGGCAGGAGGGGGGGGGGGGUGUAAUAUUAGGAAACAGUUUACAUAUUGAAAUAUUAUAGUAAGACUCAAUAGGCAUUUAUUAAGUCUUUUUUGCCAGCCUAUAUUCCUUGCUUAAUUAUAUCAAUUUAAGCCUUGCAUUUACAUCAGUGGUUUACCUUAUGUGUUGGCUUUUGCAAGUUGAAAAUUUCUACAUUUCAUAGUUGACUUGCAACAUAAUGUUCCUUGACUGAGUUGGUAGUUUUUGACUUACAUUUGUUUUACUUUAAUGCACAGGAAGAAAAGUCCAAGAAAGAAGACACUGUUUACUGCAUCUGUCGCACUGCUGACACCAGUCGAUUUAUGAUGUAAGCUGGUAUUUGUAAUUUACUAUUGGUAGGAAAUAUUACAAGAUCAGUUACAUUGCUAUUCAUACUGGAUAAAUCUUUCCUGACAUUUUAUUUAUUUAAACAGAACAUCUUAAUCUUACUUACAAUGCAGCUAUGUAUAUAACAUGGUAAUGUAAAGGCUGAUUUAGACAGUACAAUUUUUGCUUACGACUGUCGUGCGGGACUAGCAUACGUCUUGACUUUUGACCAUCCACACUUGCACAAUUUUCACAACGACAUCCACACGUGUGGUAUGGAUGUCGUGGGUCUAACUUACACGACACGAUCUGACAUGAAGUCAGGAUGUAUGCUAGUCUUGCAUGAUAGCUGUAAGCAAAAAUUGUACCAUCUAGAUAAGCCUUAAGGUAACCCUAACCCUAAUUUUAUUGAAUUUAAGGUGAGGUAGCAAACAAGUAUUUUGGCAAGCAAGGUUAACCUCUAGCCAAUGCUGCCAGUGCUUUUAUCAAUCCACACAUGUGGCCUGCUGGGUACCCCUCAAGUCCCCUUAAGUUAACAGGGCUUCAUUGUAUUGUGACAUGACUUGGUAGAUCACUGUCUUUAUGUUUGAAUUUUUGCAGGUUCCUUUAAUUAAUAGGCAAUGAAUUCAAACUGUCUUUGUUGAAUAACAAGUAAAGAGAAAAUCAUUACAAAAUAGUACGCUGAUGAAAAGUGCAUUGUAGAGGCACAAUAUUUAAGGGACUGUGUGUAUAAGAGGCCUUCCAAGAGGGAAAAGCAACAGGUGACAUGGCCCUGAAAAUUGACAACAAUCCUCUCAGAAAGCACCGACAAUAGACAGAACAGGAGGACAGCAACAAACCGUUUUUUAAGUAGUGAAAGUGACAUCUGUUCAAUUUUGCAUUUUGGCUGUUUCAAGAGCCAAAUAACAAACUUUCAUUCUUUCCAGAUGCUAUAUUUGCCAUAAAUUACAAAUUGAGUUUCACAAAAGUUGAUGCCAAACCAACAGAGAAAUUUUCAUCUGAGCUAAAAUGCAGCAGUGACAUUUUUUCCUAACCUACCAGGUGACAGGCAGUCUCAGAAUAUGACUGACAAAGUGACAGCAUGACACCCAUUGGAAGGCCUCAUACUAGUGCAUGAAAUGGUUUUUCCCUUGAACAAAUGUGUACAUGAUAUUGCAGCUGUUGACUUACAUUUAAUAUUUUCUCUUAAUUCUUUCAUUGUAAUCUUCAAUGCUUCAUGAUCUUGAGCAGUGAUACCCUUCCCCACUUCUCCGUUUUCUUUCAAAUGUUAGUUUAAAAAUGGUAUUAAUGAUUUGUUUUACUUUGUUUUGUACAGCUGUUGUGACAAAUGUGAUGAUUGGUUUCAUGGCGAUUGUAUUGGUAUUACCAAGCUGGAGGCAAAAGAAAUCAAGCAGUUUUACUGCAGGGAGUGCUUAGGUGAGUUACCCACCAUGUUCUGGCAGUAAAUGUAGAAUGAAAAUUUUCCUUACCUCUGUACCACAGUCUUGUAUCAUAUUGUAGAAAGUUACUACUAUUCAAACCAUGAUCUAACUUUGACUGAACUUUGACUGUAAAAUGUAAAUUAUUGGACAAUAGUUCUUUCCAGAUAGUAUUAUACCGGUGACUAAAUCUUCAUCAUUUAAACUUCUUCCUUUCUUGAACGUUACAAUUUUGUGCGUCACUUUUUUCUCUUUUCUUGUACAGAAAGUGAUUCAGAUCUUUGUAUAAAGUACAGAGUAAAGAAACCAAAACCAGAAAAGAAAGAUAAUAUUGUAUUAGAGAAGAAAGAAAAACAGCACCUGGUUAAGGAUGAAGUAAGUUCAUUUUGGUCACAACAUGCAGUCUGUGAUUUGUAAUACAUUAUAGCUGGACAUUGAACUUUAUAGCACAUGUACACUCAGCCCAUUUGUUUUGUUGAGAUAACAUGACAAGAGCCAGUGCAACUGAAUCAGGUUGGACAAAUGAAAGCUUGCUUUCUGCCACUAUCUUUUGUGCUGAUCUUUGAUUAAUCUGACGACGGUAUGGUAAGGUAUGGUAAAGUACAUUUCGUAUUGUAUGGUGUAGGAUGGUAAUUGAGCUUAAAAAGAAACUUGCUGACUUAAAAUUGACAGUGUCUGCCUUUGAUAAUGUUACUUGCCAUUUAUUGUCAGGUUUUGUUUACUAAUGUCAUGUCAACUGUUGCCAGUCAGUACUGUAACUGAUUUUGAUUACAAACACUCAAAUGCUUGGUAACUCAGAACUUGCAUGAUCUUGAGCCAACAUUGAUUUCCCCUAGGUUUUAUAGGCCAUUUUCUAUAUGAUUUUCAGUCCUUUGAUAACUUGAAAGUGUAAUGAGCGCUAAUAUCAAAGUUUGAAUGUCCCUAAAUGUGGUGUGCUCUACCAAAACAUAUCACUCUGUUUGCACUUCUCUUCACAAAGAGAUUUCACAUCAUUUGAGUAAAUAAUUUUUUACUUCCUAUCCCCCUAAAGCUUCAACCUUAUGUAAUUUCCCUGGAAAGGUUGAGUCUUCAACUAUAAAAACUUAAAUGUGACAUGUACAUGCGGAGCACUGAUGGUUGGUGUGAAUUUUCCCUGUUUGUGCAAAUGGCUAUUGUUAUUUAUCAACCCUUUCAAGUGAUGAAUAUUCAAAAAUGCGAGUUUCUCGAAACUCAAAACUUCAUUCUAGCGUCUCGAGACUCGAUUCUCACAUCUUGAAACUUGAUUAGUUUGAGUUUUGAGAUUCGACAAUCAAGUGCGAUUCUCAAGUCGAGACUGUCAACUUACUUUUGAGGGGUACUGUAUGUACUUAGGCAACCUAAGUUUAAGACUGCUGCUUAGUGUAAGACUGACUUUCACAUUUACAUGUACACAGGUUAGAAGUGUAUGUACCAGGUUCAGUGUUGCAUUAGAUAAUUGAAUAAUGUGCAACAUGAAUAUUCCUAACUUGUGUUUUUGCUACUAAAAUAAUGAGAUAAACUACUGUCACUAUAACUACAGGGUGAUCGCAAGAGGUCACGAAGGACAUGUGGAGAAUGUGUAGCUUGUCUUACAACAGAAGACUGUGGCCAAUGUGACUUUUGUAAGGUAUGGACACUUGUGAGGGACCAUUCUAUACUUGUAGCUAGUGGAGAAAAAAUUCUUCCUGGCCCAAAGUCCAGAUUAUAGCAGUAUGAGCCAAAGGAACUUUAUGAUUGGCAAAGUUAAAGCAAGAAUUGAUUUUCAUACCAUUUGACACUUUUUCUUACAAUUUUUUAUUUAUUUUUGUCUUGUCUACAAACUUACGUCAAAAAUUUUCUUGUCAUGUGUCCAUGAAACAGCAGAGGUGAUAGGUUUGAGCAAAGGGUUAUUUAGGUGAGGGAUGUGUGUUUUGCAUGACUUUUUGUGUGUUUGUACAGGACAUGAAGAAGUUUGGUGGACCUAAUAAAAUGAGACAGAAAUGUCGCCUGCGUCAGUGCCUUGUCAAAUCAAGGGUGAGGAUAUUCUUCUACGUUGUAAAAUUUGAUGUUAUUUGGAAUUUAUUCACUGCACCAACACCUUUGGUUUGUAGUGAGGUAUUUGUCUUCAGACACAUAUUUAUUCAGAUAAUUUAUGAGUAGUUUAGAACUUUGUAGUUUGGUUAGAAGAAACAAGUCAUGAUUGCUCAUUAUUUCUAGGUCCUUUUAAGAGGAGGCACAGUGUACCGCGACAUACUUAAGGAAGAAGAGGCAAGAAGGGAAGAUCUUGAUGUUGAAAUAGAGGUAAAGUGUUGAUCAUUCAACCAGGAGGAGGCAGCAUGGCUGAGUGUUUAGAGUGCUGGAAUUGCAAUCCAGAGGCUCAAAAUUAAAUCCCGCCCUAGCUGCUAGUUGGAUUUUGUUUUGUUCUUAGUAGUCUGGAUCACCUCCUCACUUACGCUUGUUUAUAUCCAACUGGGUUUGCCUUCUGCUUGUUUGGAUUCUUAGCCUUGUUAUGCUUAUUUUCAAAGUAUGGUUUAUUUGUGGGCCACAAUAAAGUCUACUGGGUUACCAGUAAUUUAAAGUCAAUUUAUUUAUAUCAUUUAUCAGCUUGUAUGCUCUUCUUCUGAUGGGCGGAUGAGGGAUGUGUGGACUUUUUUGUUGUGGUCGUCACAUAUUAUUUUUUGUUACAUGUAAAAACAAAUACUGGAGAACUUGAAGGUUCUGAUCAAUGUGUUUGUCUGCUGUGAAUCAAAUCAAAAGAGAAUCAGAAAACUUUAUAACCCUGUAAAUCUUUUAAACAGAGUGUAACACCAAAGAAGCAAAGAAAAGCAGUGAAGAUGAAGCAUGCUAAAUCUUCUCAGAACAGAAAGGUUUGUUAGCUCUUUCACUGUAACCUGUAUGUGUAUGAAGAAAUCAUUUACCGAGUUCAAUCAAUCAAUUAAUUGAUUUAUUUAUGUCAUGAUGUGAGAUGGGGUUGCCCAAAAAAUCCGAGCUGGAAGCUCAUGUAUAAAACGCAUGACAACAAAAAUGAUUUUAAAAGAUUAAAAAUGUAUAAAAACAAAUAAAAAUCAAUAUAUCCUGGAAUGUUACGUAAUAAAUACUCAAAGCGACAUCCUCCUGCAUCCCACUCAUAACACUCACAACAUUCACUCAUCGGCUAUUUUGCUUAGUACAGAAUUAAUGUAAUAUGCUAAACCAAGGCUUAACCUGAAGCACAAAAUAUCUGUUAUAGGUGAAAAUUAAAUUCAGGUUAAAUUUUUUAAAUCUAGGUUGAUUCUUAAUUUCCUUUGUCUCCUAGCCCUGAUUAUUCAUGAAUAGGGGCAAAGAGACAAAGGAAAUUGAGAAUCACUUUAUAUUAGGUUAAAAAAUUUUAACCUGGAUUAAAUUUUGACCUGUAAUGUAUCCAUUUCUUGAAAGGAAAAACAAAGGCAAUCAAAUGAAAGACCACGUAAGAGAAAGAGAAUAAUGUCUAUUGAAGACAAGAUGAGAAUGUCUGCUGAUUAUUCUGAGGAAAGAGAUAAGCUGGAUGAACUUCCAGGCUGUAGACAGUGCUACGGAUCUGGAUGCACUAAGACAGCUCGUGUGGGUUCUAAAUACUGCAGUGACGAGUGCGGCAUUCAGCUAGCUGUCAGGUGCCCAAAUUCUACUGCAGUGAAUUUUCACUUUGUUACUUAACAAAGUCUAUAAAUCAUUGACUGUGAUUUCCUCCCUAACUUAGAGGUUAGAGCACCCAACUGGUUCUGUGGGACACUAUCUACUGAAUCCAAUCAGGGACUAUCGGGUGCAUUAGUCUGUUGUAAUACUCCUCUUAGCUACAAAUAUAAGGCAUUGAGACUUAGGCACAGCCUUUGUUUAUGUGGUUGAACAACUACCCUUUAAUAUUCGUAACUACUGUAGUUAUUACACUUGCCUGGACUCCACAAAUACAUCACCUUGAUUUACCAUAAUUUCCUACCCAAAACUGAGAGCUGUGCCAAAAUAACUAGGCAAGGGUCCCCAAUAGGUUUCUCAGGAUCUGGGAUUUAGUUUAUUUGAAGGCCAGGUAGAGGAAAAGGGUAGUGAGAUUCAGGAUUGAAAUUAAGAAUGGUAGGCCCAGGCUUCUAUUUUAGGCUUCCCCGCCACCAUCUUUUGCUAUAUAUUUCCUGCAGUAUGUAUAACCUCUAAUGUGACAAAAUAAAUAAAUAAAUGAAUAAAUAAGUAAAUAAAUGGUAUUUGGGAUUAAGUGAUAUCACAAUGUGGGAUCCAGGAAAUUUUGUAAUGUAAGCUACAUGUAGGAACAUGUAGUAUUGGGUCAAAUUCUGUCAGGGUGUUGAUUGUAGUUGAGUAUUAAUAUUAUAAGAUGGCAAAAGUAAUAAUAUGAUCAGGUAAAAGUGCAAUGUUUAUCAGAGAUCAUUAGUCAAAUAGUUGAAAGAGAGGACAGAGGUUAUAAUGGGUAAAAUACUGAUGAAAAGAAGUCAACUGGCUGCAAGGGACAGGAUAGAUAAUUAAUGCUUGUUAUUUAACAGACGUAUUCAAGAGAUUUUGCCACAGCGCGUGGCAGAGUGGAAAAAAACUCCAAGUGUUGCUGAUCUUAAGGCUGAAGAAACUCUGAAGGAAUUAUCUAAAAAGAAGCAGGUACUGUUAACUUGAUUUUGUUCAGUAUUCAAACUCUAAAACUAAGUUGCAAAAUUUAAUAUGUGGAUUUAGCCAAGCCUAAAAGAAUAGUUCGGCCUAUGCUAACUGUUUAUUUUUUAGCUAUUUAUAUUCUUUAACAGUUCGCUGAAUAUUUUUUCAAUUACACACAUUAUUCAAUUUGUUAUCACCCAGCUGGCAGAGAAAAAAGCUAUAAGACACCUGCUAGUGCAGUAUUCUUUUUCGAUUUUUUUUAGGAAGCUCAGGAUAAGUUGUUAGAACUUGACAGGCUGAGCAAUGAACUUGAAGCUUUUGUAGAAAAGACCAAAAAUGCUACUAUUGAAGAAACAGAGGUAAAACUCAACUUUGUUACAUUAAUAAUUUUUUUAUUGAUUUAAUGUAACAGUUCUGUUCUUCCUUUUCACUUUAUAAGGUUAUAACCCUAAGUCCCUAUGCAAUAAUAUUUACUGGUGAUUUUUACUGUUUAACAAAGGUCCACAAAAAGACUUUGCUGUUGUAUAAAAUAAUAAUAUAUUAAUCAGAAUAUAAAGACAAUUGAUUACAUAGACAGGGUGCAAAGAAAGUCAUUUUUACAGCUUGCCAUUUGGGCAAGCUGAAUCCAUGUACAGCUGUCUGCUUACAAGAGAGUGUCUAUUUAUAAAGGCUUCUACUGUCUUUGACUUGACAUUUUUGCAUGACUAACUGACAAAUUCUAAACCAUUGGCUUGAAUUUGACAAACCAAACUGGCACUAACGAGCCAUACUAGUUUAAGUGUGCUUGAUCUAUCAGUGUGCAAAGAAAGUAGUGUCCGAUAGCCUGGGGCUAAUGGAUUUUGCUAUCAGGCUAGUGAAUUCUGUUCUUAACUUGCCCGAAGGGCAAGUGAAGUAUUUUGAGGAAUUCAACUUACAAAAGAACAGUGAAAUCAAUUCUGCUCAUCAAAAAAUUGGGGGACUAGUUAAAAUGAGGUUUGGGCUAGUAAAUGCUAGCUACUAGCCCCAUUUGCACCCACGUGUAGACUCUGUAUUACUUAUAUAAAUACAUGUACCAUUCAUUGCUACACCCAUAGGCAGUAAAAUUGAGCAAUGAUUCAUAUUUUCUGUAGCAGUGUUCUUAUUGUAAGCAGUGCAAGCUCCAAUAAGCAACCUCAUACCGUAAAAUUCCGAAAAUAAGCCCCAGAGCUUAUAUUUUUCAAAGGCCCUUUUUGAGGGGCCUAUUUUUGGAGGGGCUUAUAUUCGGAGGGGCUUAUCCACGGAGGGAAAUUUGCAUUUCAAAAUCGAUUGGGCUAGCCGUAUAGCUGGAAGUAAAUUUACCGUUUUUACUUUGUUUUACUUUGCAUUUGAGAGCAAUUUUCCAAGUACAAGCCCCCGGGAGGCUUAUAUUUGGAGGGGGAUUUAACGGAGGGUUUUUUGCGUUACCGGAUUGGGGGGGUUAUAUUUGGAGGGGCUUAUUUUCGGAAUUUUACGGUAUCCCAUAUGCUGCUAACAGUAAUGGUUGCUUAUAAGAGUCAUUCCUGUUACCGCCCAGCUCUAGUUACAGACACUUUUGCUGAUUGAGGAGGUUGUCUGCUUACGGGAGCUUUUGACUGCAUAAAUAAAACCAAUAAUUACUUUAUCUGUUCCUUCAUUAACAAUAAUUUAACUAUGAACUGCAUUGUGUUAGGCACAGGAUAGUGAAGCAGAUGCUGACACAGAUCUUCAGAUACACUGCAUCACCUGUGGUCUGCCACUAGCCCCUAAAGUGGCCCUUAGACACAUGGAGAAGUGCUUCAUGAAGGUACGUGAAGUAAAAGUUAAGCUUUGUUAGCCUUUGAGGUAGCUCUUUUGGAGGAACUAACCUCCUGUUUCCAUGAGAAAUCUUGCUCAUAUGUGGAAGUUGUAUGUAGCAGUAUAGCUCUUAAUAAAGAGGUUUGAUUGUUUCCUUUAACCCAUUCGCUCCUGGAGAUUUUGCCCAAAAACGCGUUUUGAGGCUAGUCGAGUGGUUUUCUGGUCACUGUCGUGCUAUACAGAGCUAAAACUUACCACAAACCGGUUUACAGGUUGUACACUUGGCGGCCUUCUGAUCCAGAUGCAAAAUAUCAGCUUGCGAAGUUCGGGCAUGCGCAGAAAGCAAAAUUUCGACAUAGUUUUUGGGUUUAAAAGUGACACAGCAGUCAGUUUUACUUUUCGCUUUCUCUCCUCCCUCUUUUUUCGCUUUUCUUGCCUCAUUUUUUUUUUUCUCUUGCUGGGCAUUUAGUAGGCUUCAUUUUGGUGGGAAGAGUUUUUAGGAAAGCUUUUUAGGAUCUUAGGAUUAGGUGAAAGGAAAGGUAGGUGGGUAAUGGAACAAGAUUUUCAUAGAGAUUUUCAGGUCCUUGUCACGUGUUUUUUGCUUCUUUCUCCGGUGUCCUUGACUGAAUUGUGCUCAUUCUGGUAUGGUUUGAAAGAUCUCUUCACUCUGCACAAGUUAGCGAAGAAAGUUGUCCUUGACCGUUAAAACUGAUGACGUCACAAAGGGUAGAAAGGACCUGGAUCCGCACGGGCGGUUACGGGCGGUUCAGGGGCGAAUGGUUAAAGAAAAUAUUCCAAACCUAACAAAAGCACUUGCACCUUUAAAUUCCCACCUCCAGGUAUACAUGUACAUGCUAAGGGUGUUAUAGUCCAGUGAAAAUCAGGAGUGUUCUGUCAUUCAGUGUAUUAGGAGAGUACUUUAAAAAAUCUCAAUAGUAUGAAUAUUAAUGUAUAUAUAAAAUUUUGUUUAUGGCUGGCCCCAUGAGCUGGCAAGAAGAGGCCAAUCCUUUGUUUUGGUUGGCUUGGCCAGUGGACGAUAUAGGUCUGUCUUGCCUGCUCGCGAUAACUCACUUUCUCCUGCAAGAAAAGAUUUUGCCUUGAUCAUAUAAUAAAUCGUUUUUUAACCAAGCUUGUUUGGGUCAAUAUAGCUCCAUAUUGGCUAUGUUCUAUCUGACCUUGACCCCAUCUCAGUCUAUAAGAUGACCCUCUUGCUUUUAUUGCUGCUCAAGGCACAUAGAAACUUUGUGAAGGUUUAAAGCUUUUGGAAAUUUUUUGUUUCCUUUUCGUUUCCUGCAGAAUGAAAGUUUGACGACAUUUGGGUCCAUCUACAAAAGUGCUGGGUAGGUUAUGUCAUUGCUGUUGUUUUUCUUUUUUUGACAAGGAGUUAGUGCACCAACUUAGAUCUACGAUUUUAGUACAGUUAUUCUCCACAUGAAAAUAAAUUGUUGGUAGUCCUCAUUCUUGCUGGGAAUGCUCCUGUCAGUUAGGGUUGAAGUGUGUGGGGCUGCCAGUUAAGGAUGGGGUGGGUGGGGUGCAUGCCAACUCUAGAAUUUGGUCGAGUCACGUAAAAAUGAGGGGGAAAAUGGAGGUGCGGACGACUCAAAAGUUCCCCUCCCCUUUUUGUUCUUUUAUCCUGACUCCCUCUCCCACUGACUGCAAGUUUUACUCAACUCGAUUCUUUGUAGCUGUCACAAACAGAUACACAUACUGUGUGAUAAUCUUCAAAUUACAAUUAACCCUUUAAUUUUUCUCAGGAAGCUCUUCUGUGAUUACUACAACUCACAACAAAAAAUCUACUGUAAAAGACUGCGAGUUCUGUGCCCUGAACACACAAAGGACCCAAAGGUAUAUUCUAGUUAGUUUUACCGUGGUUUACCUGAACAGAGUAAGGUAGAGUGGAACUCUUGCAUCCCAAAUAUGAAAAAACAUAAGUGUACUUUCUUGAAUGCAUUUCAUGUAAUGUGCUUGCUAAAGAGGAGGGAGGGUAAGUUGCUUCAAGUGAUAGAAACUUCUACUACUGUUUAUACAGUAAAACACAAUAUUAUUCAGUAGGCACAAAGUGUUGCUGUUUUGUUCAUCACAUAUUAUCUCUUUGUUUUAACAGAUAUCUCCCACUGAUGUGUGUGGUUGCCCCUUAGUUACCAACGUCUUUGAAGAAACUGGGGAUUUCUGUCGGGCUUCCAAACGAACUUGUUUAAAACAUUACUGCUGGGAAAAACUUCGACGAGCGGAGAUUGAUCUUCAAAGAAUUCAACAGGUGAGGUUGUGUGUUUGUGAUUAUGGCGUAUUUAAUAGGUCAGUGGGGGGGGGGUACUCACCGAAGUUUUAUACGGGGAGUCUCCGCCCUGAGGUCCACACCCUUUUAUGAAACAUUUUGGACAGAAAAGUACCCUGGGUGCCAGAGACUUUUCUAGCGCGGUUUCCGGUUUCUGUGCUUCGCCGCUCGUGGCUUCGGCCUUCGGCUAACACCGAAAAUUUCCGCCGCAAGCGAGAAAACCCUCUGGUACUCAGAAAAGGUACCUGUAUCGUUGUUAACCUUAGCUCUACUGACAGAUAGUGCCCCUUUGACAUACCUGGUUUAGAACAGUAAUACAUUCCUUUAUCUUCUUUAAAUGCUCGUUCUUUUGAUGUGAAUAAAUCACUAAACUAGAAAAUCUACUUCUCUCUUUCACAUCCAUAAAAUGCAUCUGUUAGCUCUUUUUGGUCCUUUUACAGAUCGAAAUGACAGAUUCCCCUCCUCUUUCAUAUAUUUCAACCAAUAAAAUCCUUACUCUUUUAUAUACCUGAAGCCUGAAAAAGGUACCCCUUUGGGGGGGAGCAUCCUCGUAUAGGCUUUAAAUGAAGCACCCCCUGGUUAAUAGCUUUAAAAAAAGUUGAAAUGUCGAUUUUGUUCAUUGGAUAAAGAAAAACAACCUUUUCAGAGUUUUCUAGUAGGAGCAGUAUUGUAGAAUGCAUUAGACUUCUUAAUUCAGUCUCUACAUUGUCAUGCCAAAGGGUGGAUUUCCACUGUCGCGUAAUUAUCACGUGCGUACGCGCGUAAAUAAAAAUAGAGGCGAUGUAUGAAAGGUCUCGGGCAAACGUAAAAGCUGAGUGAGGUUCAAGUUUUACGUUUACGCGCGACCUUCCGUUCAAUGUCUCUUUUAUUUACGCGCAUAAUGUAAGGUCGCGCGUACACGUAAAAGUUGAACCUCGAUCAACUCUUACUUUACGCGAAGCCUAUCAUAAAUUGCCUCUAAUUUAUAUAUGCGCGUAAAAUUUACGUGCGUGUCGCGUAAAAAUUACGCAACAAUGGAAAUCCACCCUUAGGAAGCAACAUUAUAAUGUAUAGAGUAAAGAUCUUUUACGGAUCACAGUAAGGAUUACCAUGUAAGUGUCCGGAUGGAUAUGACAAGUAGCCCCCGCUGGUUUUACUUGCUCCUAUUAUAUAUUUCAUUUUUGUAGUGGCUCAAACUCGAAGAAGCGUUCGAACAGGAGAGAUCCUUGAGGUACAGUGCAGCUCAGAGAGGUGGUGUGUUAGGACUCCUAUUGCACCAGACGAUAAGCCAUGAGUAGCCUCCACUCUCUCCUGUCGUUCCUGUUACGUACCGGCGGAUGACCUGUGCUUGUGGAUUACGCCUUCCUCGAGGGGCGCAGCUAGAGGAGAAUCCUGGGGUGCCUGUGACCUCUCCACCUGCGACCUUUAGAAGAGACAUAUCUAAUCUCUUCCCCAAAACGCCAGAAAAUCGAUAAAGCACAGUCCACGUUAAAAACUUGAAAUUUGCGGUUUUUGAAUGACGGUAUCUAUGCAUGUAUUUUGCGGACGUAUCCCAUCCCCCUCCCCAUCACACACACAAACGCGCUCACUGUACAAGCUAAAAAUUUCACUUUUUUAAUCAGUUAUGGAUCGUUGUCGACGUGACAAUCUGCUAGGUGUAGGGUGUGACACAGUGUGAAUCCUCCCCCUGCCCCCUCCCCACUUAAAUGCUCGUUACGCUCUUGUUCUCUCCUUUUCAGAGAGGAAAGCAUUCCAGGUUUUACGUCCCUUGUAAUUUUUGUAUAAAAUUAAGAAUAAAGUAAUUAUUUUGCCAAUGUCCUUUUUUUUGUUUGUUUCGGUGAAAGCUAGUUACAAUUAUAACAUUUUUUUUUUAUUUUGCCAACCUUUAAGUCGACCCGCUUUGUGGCCUGCUAUAAAGCAGGUGUAUUUUGCGGCGCGGUGCAUGAUUUUUUUUCGGGAGUAAUGCUAUCCCGCCAUCGUGGACGUUAAUACUACCAGAGAGUUGGCGCGUGUCAAAAACUGACUUCAAGUGAGAGGUUGAAGAUGGCGGCGGCGAUCAAUGUACCUCUGAGGUUCCGUUGAAAAAACGCACUUGUACUUGGUGAGAAGUUUUUAAUGAACUCGUUAAAAAAUGCAGUAAAGGACACUGCCCGCAAUUCUAAAACCUAUUUCACUUUCAACAGUUCCGUAAAGUGACAAAGUGGGGAUCGCGAAAGUAACAUUUGUCCAAAAGUGACAAACAUUGGGUCUAUAAUUGGCCACAGAAUAGUUCAUAAUAGGGUAGGCCGGUAGGGGUUUUAAGCUCGGAAGACCGGCAGCACAAUGAUACCCAGCAAAAAUUGAACCAAGUACCCACCCCCUCCCUACGGGCGGAUGGGUGAAAAGGACACUGCUGUCUAUAUAUAAAAUUGCUCUUGUUUUAAUUGAUGUUUGCUCUUGUUUUUUUAAAGUUCUAAGAUUCGUUGAAGUGGUUAAAUUUAGAGCCAAUUAUUUGUUUUAGUGGCUCUUAUCACUUGUCACUUGGCGUGGGAAGACCAUUAGAGAUGCGCGGGAUAUGGAAUCUAAUCAAACUAUGUAAAUAAGAUAUGAUAAUCUGUAUAUUAAUGAGAAUUGUUCAAGUGGUAACCUAAGUUGAUGUCGUAUCAGACUCUGAUCGUACGAAAGGCAAGGCUUACUUAAGAACAGGUAAGAUACUUGAGCAGAACAAUGUGUUGAACGAUCAUAUAGAAUUCCUGUUAGACGUUGCUUAGUUAUCAAUCUGUAUGGUUUGAAUAAUGCUUCACGAACAGCCAGCUAGCAACCCUACGAAGACUCUACGCAUAAUUCAUUAAUUGCAAAAGAUUGCUUUAUUGACUCAAACGCGGAUUUGUCAUUCUAGUUCCCAGAUUUCUGUAGUGUCAUUUACGCCACUUGUUUAAGUGGAAAGCUUCUCUCGUGAUCUCUCAUAAUAUAUUUUAGUUGGCUAACCUAACCUUUUUUAUCUGCGCCUUGUUCGUCUUUCAUGGCCACGCAGCCGUUGCGUGACAAAAGAAGAUUCUCAGACUCCAGUCAAUACCACAGGUAACCCAGGCUCUGUGAUAGUACCACAGUACGUUCCAGUAAAAUUACAGUGUUUGUAUGGGGUAAAAAUAUCAUCCUAAAAUUUCUAGGAAAUACUAAAUAAAGAUCAAUGAAACUUACUCUGCAGUUAAUUGUUGUUGUCCUUAUUGCUCCAACGAAGUUUCGUGAUAAUUUGCAGUAAUUUGUUCAAAUUCACUCUAUCUACAAUAAUAAUAUACAAGGUACGAAGGAGAUGGGUAGCCUGCGGGGUUAGUAUAUGGCGAUAGGGGGGAACACUCCCCUCUUUCCCCUUCGUGUGCGCGCGUCCUCGAAAAUCAUCUCUUCGCCCUAACAAAAUCACCGCCUACCACACAGGCUUGGCGAGGGACGGAGCGUAUGGUGCCUUAAAGCUUCGUUGGGCCUUCUCCUACUCGUCCUCUUUCGCUCCGGGGAUCGAGUAAAGGAGGGCCUGGAAACGAGGUUGAGUUGAGUCUACGUGUGUACGUGGAAUGAAAACAGCCAGUGUAGCUUACAGUGUAGCAGACAAGGGGCAAGGAAAAAGGGAAGAUUGGGGAGAGAAAUCGAAGAUGAGGGAAGUGAGUGCCGGAUCGUCCGGGUUGGUGUAUUCCUGAAUAGGAAUGUCGAUAACCGUGUCUGGCGUUUCAACAUGUGCGGUAGUGAUAUGAAGUCAGUCACUGCUGGGUUACACCCAGCGCCUGGAACGAUCCGCCAUGGCUUACUUAUGACACGACUCCUUUUUUCAAACCAUUCACUGUGUCAUGUCACGCCUUAAUCUUGUGAACCAUUAUUGACUUUAUUGGACGUUUUUGAAUUUUCCAGUUCCAAUGAGCAGUAAAAAGUUCCCAAUUUUUCAAGAACGUGAAGGCGAAUGGACGUCACCAAGCACAUUCUUAAUUCAAGGAGUUCCGAUUCUCCAAUUUUUCACCCCAGAUCCAGCAGUCCUGUACAGUUACAUAGUAAAUUUUGAGACGAGAGCAGAAGAUGUUUUUGUUGUAAGUUAUCCUAAGUCAGGUAUGCAAAAUUAUUUUUUUAGAAAAGAGACAAGCCCCCUUUCAUUCUCUAAGGGAAAAGCCGUUGAGGCCGACGAGGUUGCCAAGGAAGUCGGGAAGAAGAGUGGGAAGUGGGGGGAGCGGGGGCUACUCCUUUAAAUGUAGGAGGGGUGUGGCAAGGGUUAGACCAAGGAAGGUUUUCAAAAUCAAAAAUUGACACCCUUUGUAUUGCCCGUGUCAUGGCGUUUUCAGCGGCCAGUUUAUUUUUAGAACGAUUUAAUAAUGAUAAUAAUAAUAAUAAUACAUAAUACAUAAUAAUAAUAAUGGAUUUAUUUAACAUUUCCACUAGGUGGCUCUUUAUCUGCUAAAAAAAAAUAACAUUUGUAAUAUAAAAAUUUAAAAGCGGUAAGAUAAGUAAGCAUUGUAUAUUGAGGUAAAAUGUUACAGCUUUUAUCAGCUUGAUGUUGAUAGAUGUGUGACACUAGUGGGAUUUCAAGCUGCGUGGCUGCACUAGACCUAAGAGUUCAAUUGGCCUUUCGUGAGAAAAAAUCGCCAUUGGGAACUGACUUCAGCAGCUGCCAUUCAAAAUGUUCUCUAACAGGUAACCAGUUAAGCUUUAUGAUAUCCUCUCUUUCAACCAGUUUGCCUACAAUAAAGCACUUACGUGCUGUUUAAAUUCUUUGGAGGCGUUAAACAAUGUGAUGUGGUAAAUUAUGAUAGAUAAGACAAUUAUAAUACAACUUGGAGAGAACUAGGGCGAAAAAAUUCCUCGAUUUCUUUAGGAUUGCAAGAGUGCGAUAGCAAAAUGCUGAGACUUGCUUAACACUUUCUUCCCCUUCAAGAUGGUGGUCAAUCAGGGGUCCCUAAAAGUUUUUGACGCAUAGUUAGAAUAUCUUUUAAGUCAUCGCUCCGUGAAAACGCCGGUACAUCCGUGACACAAGCUUGCAAAAGUUCGGUUUUUUAUCAAGCUUACUAAAUACUUGGGGUCAAUACCCGAAGUGGUCAUAAGAAGAUUUAAACGUAAGACGGACUGUCUUAGCUCUGGUGAACUCUAGCUAUCGAAACGUCAACUUUUGAUUAUUUUCACGGUGGCAAAUUAACGUUAACAACUCACUUGAUAAAACCAUAUGCCCCAGGCCCCCACUAACGCAGUACCACAGGUUCUUUUGAAACCUAUCCCUUGAUUUUAGCAGUACACAGUUAGAUGGGAUUAGUUAGAUAGCUAGUUGCCAUCUUUUCUGUUGUUGUUGUUCAGUUCCUUCGACAUGGCUUAUCUUUCCUUUUAAGGGACAACCGGGUUGCAGGAAAUAUUUUGGCAACUUUUUAAUAACGGUGAAAAGAGUUCAAGAAAGAUUUUCGAAAGAGUUCCAUUUUUAGAACGUGCAACUAGCCCGGAUCGACCAGACAUCCGGGCUCUCCCCAGUCCACGCCUUCUUCAUAGCCAUCUAACAUAUGACGUCAUACCUAAAGGAAAUCAGACUGCUACAAUCUGCAAGUAUAUUUAUAUUGCACGAAAUCCAAAGGAUGUUGCAGUAUCGUUUUAUGAAUUUAUGAAAGACCAUGGUUCAGAGGCAGGAUAUAAUGGUCCCUGGGAGUUCUUUGCAAAGCUGUUUAUGGAAGGAAAAGGUGAGGUUUAAUACCAGACUGUUCAUGCUCGAAGUAAACCCCCUCCUUUAAUAUAUUGUGUUGUUACUGUUUCAUGUGUAAAAAUCUAUAGAAACUGAUAGGCAAGAAAAAAGGCAAUAUGCACCAGCAACGAGUGUGUAAUUUUCUCUUGUUUGUUCACGAGCAGAAUUUUGCAAGGAUAUUGCUAUCCUUCAUCUAUAUAACACUGCCCAUUAUAGAGUAAUUUCUCUUUCUUCAGCGCAGCUUGCAGUGAAUUGUUCAUCAUAGUUUCCACCUUGUUGUCAUCACUGUUGUUUAAUCACCAAGGUGAAAAAAGGAACUCAGACAAACUGUUUUUUUGUGUGUGUAGUGUCCUAUGGUCGGUGGAAUGAUCACGUGAUUGGCUGGUGGAAACAUGCGGAUGAUCCCAAUGUUUUAUUUCUGAGAUUUGAAGACUUAAAGAAGGUGAGAAGUGUUUGUAGAUGAUUCUUUCCUAUUUCAGCUCAGUUUAGUUUCUUUACGGGUAGAGAAUUAGUACGCGCUACCAUAUAAUUAGUGACAAGUUUACAUUGUAGAUUAGCAUAUAUUCUGUAAACCGCUUUUGUUAUCCUAUCUUAAGAAGUUCGUUUGUUGGUUUUAGCACAAAAUAAUGCAAUGUGCAGUAUCCCUUUGAUAUGCGUAAAAACUCAACAGAGAUAAAGAUGGAGAUGCUACGCCUAAACUUGUAACCUAUCUAUAAAAGUUUAAGUCAGUUGCAUUACUUAAGUCAAACUUUAGUUUUGCUUUUGGAAGCAGCUCACCCCAGUAAGAUCGGGAUGGUUAUUGACUGAUCAAUUGUUUAAUUUUUGACCUGCAGGACUUGUCACGCCAAGUUCGGAUAAUUGCCGAGUUUCUUGAAAAACCAGUAACAGAGGACGUCAUAAACAGAAUAGCUGAGCAGUGUACCUUUAAAGGAAUGAUGAUGAAUGCCUCAAACUACUGGUUAGGUGACAGUGCAGAAGGACCUAAACUGUUACGUAAAGGAGAGAUUGGCGACUGGAAAAAUUACUUUACCUCAGAUCUGAACGAAAAGUUUGAAAACGAGGUUAUGAACAAGAUUAAAGGAACUGGGCUGGUAUUUGAUUUUGGAGUUGACUUUCAAAAUUCUUGCGAUUGUGCGAAAUAG